AUGGACUGGAUUAUACAUGCGUCGGCCGUGCGUUUGGAGCGCAGGGUGUUGGGCAUUAACGAAAGCGACGAUGGCCGUGUCGGUUCCAGUCGCGACGGCAGCAACGGCGGCACCCUCGUCAACUUCAAUCCGGCCGGGGACAAGAAGGACUCAGCAUCGCUGUCCGCCCUCGGCAGUACGUUCAUCCCCGUUGUCGUCUACUCGGCCGUCUGCCUCUUGGUAUUUUUCGUCUUCCGGCGCAAGUGCCAUCGGGUGUACGCGCCAAGGACGAUACCGUCGCUUCGGGCCCCCGAGACACCCAGCCCUGUGCUUCCCAACGGUUGGUUCAAUUGGAUCAAACCCUUCUUUGCCAUCAAGGAUGACUACAUCCUCAACAACUGCUCGCUCGAUGGCUACUUUUUCCUUCGUUUCCUCCGCAUCUUGUCCAUCAUCUGCCUCGCUGGGCUCUGUAUUGUCUGGCCAAUUCUUCUGCCUAUCAACGGGACGGGUGCUAGUGGUCUAGGCGAGCUGGACUCGCUGACGAUUGGAAAUGUCAAGCUGGCCGCUAAGUACUAUGCGCAUGUCCUCGUCGCCUGGAGCUUCUUCGGCUUCGUGUUGUUCAUGAUAUGCCGAGAGUGCAUCUACUUUAUCAAUCUUCGACAGGCAUACCUGCUUUCACCAAACUACGCCAAGCGGUUGUCAUCAAGGACCGUCUUGUUCACCUGCAUUCCUAAGCCGUAUCUUAACGAAGCGAUAUUGCGCAAGCUGUUCGGAGACUCGGUCAAAAACAUCUGGAUCGUCAAGGAUACGAGCGCCCUCCGUGCUCUCGUUGCCGACCGCGAGGAGACGGCUUCUCGGCUACAGCAAGCCGAGGUCCGACUUAUUAGACAGGCAAAUACGGCACGAAAUAAACACCUAAAGAAGUACCCGACCGCUUCGUCGGCCGCAGACCGCCACCUAGACAAAGGCGGCCCUCCUUCUUCUCGGCCCUCACAAAACGACGCAGAAAAGGGGCAAGUCGUCGACACGUCAUCCACACACACCCCGAGUCACAACCCGCCGUCAGUAACGGGCCCCGACAGCCCAUCGCUUGACAGAACAAAGGAUAUAGAUCCUGAAUAUAUCCACCCUUACGGCCUCGAUCCCUCGCUUCCCGACGUCCGGGGCUCCGUUGCGGCGCUUUGGAUGCCCGUGCAAGCCCGGCCCCACCACCGCCCGUUACGUAACUUUGGGCGCCGCGUCGACACGAUCCGCUGGACGCGCGCCCGGCUGAAGGUGCUCAACCGCGAAAUUUGGAACCUCCGACGACAGUACCGCCGUGGCGAUGGUGCCUCGCUCAACGCGGCCUUCGUCGAAUUCGACACGCAAGCGAACGCCCAGGCUGGGUUCCAAAUCCUGGCUCAUCACCAGCCGCUACACAUGUCGCCCUGCUACAUCGGCAUGCACCCCAGCGACAUCGUCUGGAGUGCCUUACGGAUCCGCUGGUGGGAGCACAUUAUGCGCCGAUUCUUGAUGAUGGGCAUUAUCGCGGCGGCUGUGAUCUUUUGGUCCAUCCCGGCCGCCGUCGUCGGCAUGAUCAGCAAUAUCAAAUCCCUCAGUGAGAAGGUCGUCUUUCUGUCCUUCAUCAUGAAGCUUCCAAGCCCCAUUCUCGGCGUUAUCCAGGGCUUGCUACCGGCGCUGGCCUUGUCUUGGCUGAUGGCGGCCGUACCUUGGAUGCUCAGAGGCUGUGCGCGGGUGGCUGGUGUUCCAUCGCAUGGCCUGGUCGAACUGUAUGUCCAGAAUGCCUACUUCUUCUUCCAGGUCGUACAGGUGUUCUUGGUGACAACCCUCACCUCGGCUGCCUCAGCAGCGGUGUUUGAUAUCAUCCAAAAUCCGAUCAUGGUCAAGGAUAUGCUGUCCGAAAACUUACCGAAGGCGUCCAACUUCUAUCUUUCGUACAUCCUCAUCCAGUGCCUUGCUGCGGGCACAACGAGACUAGCCAACUUCGGCGACCUGUUCCGACAUGAGAUCGUGUCAAACAGCAUCCAAGACCCGAGGCGGAGGUUUUACCGGUGGAAGAAACUGCGCGAGGUGCAUUGGGGCAGUGAAUACCCGCGGUUUACCAACAUGGGUGUCAUCGCCAUCAGUUACUCCUGCAUCGCCCCUUUAGUCCUAGUCUUUGCUGGUCUUGGCAUGACAUUCAUCGGCUGCAUUUACCGCUACAGCUUGAUUUAUGUCAACGAUACCGGCCCCGACACCAAGGGCCUCUUCUACCCCCGCGCCCUCAUGCAGCUUAUGACGGGCCUUUACAUUGCCGAGGUUUGCCUCAUUGGUCUCUUCGCCCUCAAGGCCUCCAUCGGGCCAUUGCUCCUCAUGGCUAUUUUUCUCGUUUUCACUGCUCUUGUCCACGUCUCGCUCAGCGAUGCAGUCACACCUCUACUCACGAACCUCCCACGAACACUCGCCCUGGAAAAAGAUAUUGGCCGUGUUUCUGAGGAUGGGCAGUCGAGCGAAGAUACCGUAACACCUGCCGAUUACCCCACCGGUGGGCUUGCCGCAGAUUACUACAAUAUGUCAGCCGAAGAUGAAAACAACAACAGCAACAACAACAACCAUCAAGGAGAUGAUGAUGACGACGACGACGACGAUACGUCCUCGCUCCCCGAUCCGACUCCGCCCCAGGACCUCGACACCGACAUCCAGCUCCGCGGCAUCGAGGGCAGUAGCAGCAUCAAAUACCACAUCACCAACUGGACCAAAACCUACCUCAAAUCCAGCUUCUCCUCUUCUGCCUCCCCGCCCCCGACCACCAUCACCACGAACCCCUCCGCUGCCCCCCCGCAAGAACCCCCCUCCCACUUCACCCGCAUCCUUGCGAACCUCAAAUUCUCCAUCACCCCUUCCGACACCACGCCCCCAAACGCCCUCCUCACCUUCCUCCACCCAGAGAUCUACCAAUCCUUCCGUCACCUCGCCCCGCGCAUCAACCCGGGCCCGUGCCCAGACGACCACCCCCUCCCCGCCAACUACGCCAAACGCCUUGCCUAUCGCCCGCCCGAGAUGUGGACGCCCGCGCCGAGGUUAUGGCUGCCCCGGGACGAAGCCCGCGUGAGUCGACAGGAGCUGGCGCACAGCGCUGGGUCCGUAGCUGGGGCGAGUGAUCGGGCGUGUUGGCUGGUGGGGUCGAAGACGGUGGAUAAAAGGGAAGGGAUGUUGAAAGUCUGGAUAACCACCCGAACCGGCCCCGGAAACACAGAAGUUAGGUCGCGAAUCCCGUCCUCUGGCCGUGCUGAUGAUGCCCCAUGCCCUGGCUAUCGUUCGACACAUGGUUAG